CUGCAGUGGACAUGGCGUCACUGAAAAGUGUAGGAGUCGAGAAACUUCACCCAUGUAAAUAACGACUGAAGCAAAACUGCGUGUCAAGCUGUAGGUAGGAAUAUAUAGUUUGUAGAUUUUUAAAUACUAUAUUAACCAGCUCGUUUUUUAGUAUGCCCCGGAAAAAGCCAUUCAGCAACAAACAGAAGAAGAAACAGCUGCAAGUCAAACGGGAGAGAAAGAGGGGUGACACAGGUUCUGGACCUAGCAGUCGCAAUGCCAGUGUGGAGCGAGGAGGAGAUCGUCAGUCAGAUACUUCAGACAGUGAGACCACUGAUAUUAGGAGAAUAAACCAGCAGCCUUUUGGUAGAGAUGGGAGACAUGACCCCAACAGGUUCCGACUGCACUUUGAGAAAGAGAGUAAAGAGGAUGUGGAGAAGAGAAAGAAGUUGGCCAUGGAGAAGACGUUGCAGCCAGUCUUAGACAAAGAACUUGAAAUCAACAUCAAUGACAUAUAUCCCUCAGAGAAAGGUCUUGGUUUCCCUCGGCGGCCAUCUUGGAAUUAUGAUAUGACACGAGAGAGCCUGCUGAGGAAAGAAGAGAAGUCAUUCAGAGAGUAUCUUGAUGAUCUGCACUCCAGAAACCCACCAGGCUCUCUCAGCCACUUUGAGCACAAUCUUGAGACAUGGAGGCAGUUAUGGAGAGUGUUGGAGAUGUCCGAUGUCAUUCUGCUCAUUGUGGACAUCAGGCACCCGGUGCUGCAGUUCCCUCCAGACCUGUACCACUACAUCUCAGGAGAGCUGCAGAAGCAGGUGGUUUUGGUGUUAAACAAAGCCGACCUGUGUCCUCCCCCACUCGUGAUUGCCUGGAAACACUACAUGACAUCUCAAUUCCCCCACCUGCAAAUAGUCUCCUUCACCUCCCACCGUGGGCAGCCGUACAGCACAGUGCUCCAGAAGAAGAGGAUGAGGAGGAAGGCUGACUGGAGUAAUGCUGGAGGUCCUUUAGACAUUCUAAAGGCCUGUCGGGAGAUCACAGCAGGGAGAGUCGACCUGUCCAGCUGGGAGCAGAAGAUUCUGAGAGAUGCUAAUGCUGAGAGACAUGAUGGGGAGGAAGCAGAUGAGGGAGCAGAAUCUGUGCUGGUGGAGCAUCAAAGUGACAGCUCCAUGGAGAUGAGCAGCCCAUCAGAGGAGCUCUACAAAGAUGGCAUUCUCACUUUGGGCUGUAUAGGUUUUCCCAAUGUUGGCAAGUCCUCUGUCAUUAACAGCCUGGUGGGGAGGAAGGUGGUGAGUGUGUCUCGAACCCCAGGUCACACCAAAUACUUCCAGACCUACUACCUCACCCCAACAGUCAAACUCUGCGACUGUCCUGGACUGGUGUUUCCUUCGAGAGUGAACAAGCAGUUGCAGAUUCUGGCAGGUAUCUACCCAGUGUCUCAGCUGCAGGAGCCCUACAGCUCCGUAGGUUAUCUGUGUGAGAGGACUCCCUUCCUCUCUGCGCUUAAGCUCCAACAUCCCAGCCUGCUGGAGAAAGAAGCCCACCUAAGAAACGAGGGCUCAAACACAAUGAGCUGGACUGCCUGGGAUGUGUGUGAGGCUUGGGCAGAGAGGCGAGGAUAUAAGACGGCAAAAGCAGCUCGCAAUGAUGUUUAUCGUGCAGCGAAUAGUCUCCUGCGGUUGGCAAUCGAUGGCAGAUUGUGCCUUUGCUUCAGACCACUUGGCUACAGUUGCCUGAGAGAGCAUUGGGAAAAUCACCCAGACCUGUCAGAAAUCAGGGCACUACAAGGAAGGGUGACCGAGGAGGAAGGUGCUGGAGACCGGUGUGACGAGGAGGACGGGGAGUCCAGCACCGAGCCAGAGGAGGAGAGAGACAGGGAUGCAGAUGAUGAUGAGGAUGGAGAUGAUGAGGAUGAAGGGUUUGGGCGUCCAAUGAAGAAUAAUGAAAAGCCAUCUGGCUUCACUGUCAACAUGUACAAUGUCCUUCGGGAAAAUGACUGUGAGUGAUAAAAGACCAGCAGGAAGAGUUAAUUGCUCUUCUCAUUCCUUUCUUUCCUGAAAUGUACAUUCCUUCAUAUUUUUUCUCACAAAUCCACUCCUCAUAUCACUCCCUUCUCCAUACAUUAACAAUACCUGUUCUAACCUGUCUCCCUCUCCCUAUAGUAUACAGAGCAAACUCAUGUAUUCAUGGUUGUGCCUCUGCUCUGCUUGUUCAUUUACAACGCUUGUUCAUUAAUGUUGCUUCUAGCAAAGGGUUUGGUUUGGUUUGGUUUGAUUUCAACUUAUUAUUUUGCAUGAAGUUUUCAAGGAUAAGUGAGCAGGUCAUUUCCCUCAGGCUGGAAUAAUCAACCGACUGGAUUUCAAUCUCUUUAUUGAUAAGUGACCUCACAGCUGAGAUGCCAAAGUUCAGGAAUAGAUGGGGGGGGGGGGGGGGGUACAAUUCACUGUCAAUAUGAUGUCAUUCACUGGAGCAUGGUGGUCAGAGCAGCUUGAGAUUGAAGACCACCCCUCUCCAUCUUCAUUAUCCAGCAAAGUCUGUCUCAACUUUGAUGUUGAAGGGUGGAGCUGUUUUUCAGUAUCACAACUUUAAUAGAGUUUGAUUGAUUCAUUUUUAAUGAACUUGGUUUUGAUUUA